AUGUGCUUGGACGUCAUUGUAAGUAAUCUUACAUCACUGAUAGCCACUCAUCGGGAUCCUGAUAAGGAAUAUCCUAGCUAUUCCUGGCGAAAUUUUCCUUCAAACUGGCGGAUUGAGCCUCAACUGGCGAAGGAGUUAAUUAAAAGAUUGAAAAUUUGUGGCGAAUUUAUUCCAAGUCUGUUUACAACGGACUAUACAAUGCUGAGCUCCUUCGAACUUAACAAUCUUCAGUUCAAUUCUCAUUCGUGCUCUCCUGAGUCUCUGAAAAGUCUUCAAAUCACAAGUUUAAAUGUUGCUUAUGCAAGCGGAAUCACAUUUGAGGAAAUCGUCUCUAACUUGAAUAGUGAAACUCGUGAGAAACUUACCAGUCUGAACAUAACUGGUAUGAGAAUAGUGGAUGCUUCGGACUUUUUCCAUCUGAGAAACUUGAGCAGUUUGGAUAUUAGCUACACAAGUGCUACUGCGGAAGAUCUGCAAGUUAUAGUCACAGCAUGUUCACAUCUGAAAUACCUCGAUAUUUCAGUCACCUCUAUUGAAGAUAUAAGUUGUCUCCUUUCACUGAAAGACCAACUAGAGGGUCUCUCCAUGCAUUUCCAAAUAUUGCCAAAGAGUAGAGUGUUGGAAGAGAUGAUAUCGAUAAUUGUACAGCUGGUGGAACUUCGGAGACUUGAAUUUUCGUGUACCAAGAGACGAAAGCGUCCUUUACUACCUUUGACGGAUUUUUGCUCGAGUGAUGCUCUAAUCCAUCUUGAGCAUUUUGAUAUUUGUGGCAAUCCGCUUUCCUUUCCUCCAAUUGCAAUUAGGCACUUUAUCGAGAAUCACCCGAAGAUCGAAUUUCUCGGGCUGGCGUUCUGGCCGGGCUUUGAUGAUGCUCUUGAAAUUGAAGAGAUUGUUUCGCAAUAUCCGCAUAUAGUGGUGAGUUCAAAUUCGACUAAAGCCAAAUUUAUCUUUGAAAUUUUAUCGCAAACCUUAUCAAUUUAUGUAUUGAUGUUGAAUUGUGCAUUAUAUGAAUAUUAG